AUGGAUAUCGUAAGCGUGGCUUUCAGAAUCAGCUGUGCCACGUUCGAGUUGGGAGUUGAGAUGUGGAGAUCUGCACAUGGAGGAUUGGAGAUGACUUUUCAGAAACCCGAGGGCCCCGAGCGGUUAGAGAACCGAAUAAGAGCUUUAGAGUUCUUCUCCGGUAUUGGCGGCUUGCAUUAUGGACUUGAAUACGCUCACCCCAGGAGCGAAGUAGUUGCAGCCUUUGACAUUAACGAACAUGCCAAUCUGUGCUACCAUCACAACUUUGGACUCAAGCCUACCCAAACCGGGAUCCAAACUCUUACUCCUAAGGCCGUCGAUAAACUCCAAGCGAAUUGCUGGCUCAUGUCCCCUCCAUGUCAGCCUUAUACCCAAGGAGGUAAACAGCUAGAUGAUAAAGACCCGCGAGCGGAAGGGUUGCUACAUUUGAUUGAAUUGCUCGGUCUUGUCCAGACGCCUCCUGAGUUUGUUUUUGUCGAGAAUGUCCCGAAUUUUGAGCUAUCUCGUAGCCGAAAGCUCAUGGUCGACAAACUGGACGAGCUCGGUUAUGAGAUUCAUGAGUUUCUGGUGACUCCGCUCCAGUUUGGUAUCGCUAAUGAUCGAAGGCGAUAUUACUUGACGGCUCGACGGGUUGGCCUGGCAAACGAUAGUUCGAGGGAAGGAAAAUACUCAGAACAUGCAACGAUCCACACGACUCCCUGGCCAAAAUCGAUAUUCGGGAAAACAAUGGAGAACGCUCCGCAGCCUCGAAUGUUGUCUGAGUAUUUGGAGGACUUGGAUGACACCACGCUUUACAAAGUCCCUGAUGUGUACAUAACCAAGCGUCACAAAUUUCGAUUUGAUAUUGUGAAUCCCUCGGAUAGACGAUGCUCAUGUUUCACUAAGGCAUACGGGUCCCAUCAUGUCAUUGGAAGUGGCUCCUUUCUUCAGACCGACAAGUUUGAGAAACCUCACAACUUUGACGAUCCUACCGACUUGUUAGAUCUCGGUUUGAGGUUUUUCACACCUACGGAAGUUGCCCGGCUGCAUGCAUUUCCUGUGGACGGAGAGGCCAAUAUACAUCAAUUCCUUGAUGGAGGUGUACCUGCAGCCUCCAGGCACAAACUGAUCUUCCCUCCCAAUCUUACGACUAUACAAAAAUGGCGAUUACUGGGGAACAGCUUGAAUUGUCGGGUGGUGGGCGUAUUGAUGCGUGAUGUAUUAUUUAAAAUGAGAUAGGUACAGUGGGAAGGAUGCGUCAGGAUUCAGCAGAGCUUGAAGGACUUAGGAUGGGACUAC